UCUACUUUCGUCGAGGGUGUGCAGCAUUGAAGAGAAGCUGACUGAAUGAUUAGAACUCUGCAUUACGCUCGUCUCCGCGCAGCACACCACCUCCCCGUAAACCGACCGGGCCUCGUCCGCUGAAUUCGGGCAGUCAAUAUAGCAGUCCUGGCCGAAGGAAGCGAAGUCAAUAUCGAGCAAGCCCCGAUCAGGUCGACGAGGAAUCUCUCUACUAGUCUCGCUUGACAAGUGGAUGCCAAUACUUCCUUACGACAUAACGACUUCUGCUAUUCACCAACUUCUAUUUCUUAUGAUUCUACGUAUGUUAUGCCUAGCGUCCUUGCAUACGCACGAUGACUUGAUUUUACAACAUGUUUAUUAUCGGGCAAAGGGUGGAUGAGGCUGUAAAUUUUGGUUUUCUUUCUUACAAUACCAUGUACCUGCGAUGUCCAAUAGCGAUUCCCUUCUCUUCCACAUAUCUUGUUGGCUAUUGGUGAUGAUUCUUCUUGCCAUGCAUAAUUCGAAUCAAAAGCACUCGAUCGUGUUCGUGUUGAUACAGUCUAGAGUUCAGGAUCACAAUAUGCACAUUCAUAAUCGACGGUGUGAGCACCCGCCAUGGCGGCACAGACCAGUAUUACCUAUCUUGCUUUACUUGUGAACAUAUGUUGGCGUAUUCUGGAUUGACCAUCGCAUGAACCAAUCUAUACAUUCUAGAGAAACGACGCCCGUCCAUCUCAUACUAAUACAGGCGUCUUUCUCGGCUUCCUUCCCAGUCUCCUUCCUAGUUCCUUCCGGCGAGGACAUAUCAGAAGGAAGGAACGGCUGUGGAGAUGACGGAGAACUUCUUAUAAGUCGAGUCUCUUCUCUCGUUCAUUCAAUGCAUUGUACCAUGCCCGCCUUAUACUCACUAUCUAUUUCGUUAACACAGUCGUUACCAGAUAUUUCUCACUAUCCAUCACUAUCCAUCACUAGUUACUUGUCAUUGCUCUAUCAUCCCACGCCUGGGAGACUCAAGAUGCCAUACUAUGUCCAGAUAGUAGUGAGAGGUGCUCUCAGUAGCAGCCUAUAUGUCCUCACCACCCUUAGCCGGGAGACUGCCGACUAUUUCUUCCGACAACUGCAAGAGCACACUGCCAUAACGGCGUUGGGAUUUACUCCACUUCAAACAAUCUACACCCCCACGUUCUGGUCUAUCCAGUCAACCCACGAGAAUACCGCCAUGUUAUUGACCAAUCUCAUCACCGAAAUCCACCAGGGCACGAACCGGGACAUCCCAGAGCAAGCUCAAAAUUGGCUGAGAGGGAAACUCUUCAUCGGCCCCCUUACCAACCAGAUAACUAUCAACCCGACCAAUCCUCCAGGCGACAAUGCUUCUGACCACGUCAACAAUCGAUGCUACUACAUCCGCAACCGAAAUGCACCAGAUUGGUGGUUUGUGCGUCCCGAUAAAGUUGAAGUGAAGGUUUCAACAAGGUACCGUUCGAAAUUCUGCCUCCAAUUGUGCCCUAGGCGCGUUGAAUCUCUGGUCCUAGUCGGCAGAGACAUUUUACAGCUCACGUUGAUGGAAAGGGGUAACACACACCGGUCUGUGUCCCUUUCCUCAGACAACCGACACCGUUUGAUAUGCCCCUUAGGCGGUAACGUGAUAGAUCCUUUGAAGUUCUUCUUCUGUGAUUUUAGGGAAGGGGGGUUUAGUGUUACUACGCCGUCUCAGGAACAGGAUCCUUUUCUGCAGUGGACGCCGGGUGGCGCUUUGGCUAAUGAAGGGCCGGGGGGAGGAUUGGAUGCUGGUCGCUUCGGAGAUUUUACCGCGCUGGUGUUGAGGAUUUUAUAUAUCUGUUUGUCUUCGGCAGUAGGAAUGGACCACGUCUCUAUGUAUGCAGGACCAGGACCAGACCUUCACGUCUCUCCUGCCGCACCUGGUGAUUCGAUUAUAGAAGUUACGGUCAUUUCAUUAACAGACUUAAUACUUAGCUUCCAGAAAGUGAAUGCUAUUCUACUACAAAACCGUAGAGGCUGUAAGCAGUAGGGAAGUGUCUGUGUUGUCCCCCGUUGCUCUUUCCUUAUUCCGUGAACGGGCAAUUCCUCAUACUCACGAACGCUCUCAUAUCUCAAGCCCA